CAUGAGGAAUGGAACAUUGACAGAUAGAGAAAGGAAAGGAAUAAACAUGAAGAACCAUUCUUUUUGAUGUUUGCUGUAGAAGAUCGAGGCUGCAAUACAAUCCCGAGGUUAUCGCUAGUGUGAUCUUCUUUUCACCACACAGCUCCUCUGUUUACCGAUUCUUAUCCUGCUUUGUUUCUGCUGUUGAGAGGUACUUCAAUUCGGAGGCUGUGCAUCCUUAAAACCACGUCUCAUUUCAGCAAGGACAUGCACGAUUAUUAGAUACCUUAUGUUAGAAUGCGCAGUACUGUUGCUAAUCAUUUACGCAAAGUGUAAUACUUGGAAUACGAAUGCAGGUGUAGGUCUUCAGACUCAGUCCACGAAGGUCCUUAUUUUGGGUCAAACAACGUGGAAAAUGCAGUACCUGUGAAAUGAGAGACAGCCAGUAAGCAGCUUGCAAACCUAAACAUCUAUUUUGGCCAUGUAGUUUUCACAAUGGACUUUUGCCUGAUGCUGUCAACGUAACUUGCUACGCUAGCCAUGGAGUUUUCAUUACAUCAUCGUAGGGUUUAUCGCGAUGGUUCGUUAUCAAUAGCGGCUCUGAGUGAUUCCACCGCUGCCAUCGAAAUGAACGCUACAAACUAUACAACCGGGGACUACCUGGAAGACGGGUUUAUUAUGACCCUAUCAGGUAAGGUCUUGGUAGGAAUCGUUUGUGGGAUACUCCUAUUGGUUGUCCUAGUGGGAAACACCUUCGUGGUGGUUGCAGUUGCCAAGUUCAGGAGACUGAGGACUCCCGCGAACGCACUUCUCUUGAAUUUAGCCAUCGCGGACGUCACUGUUUCGGUAUUCGUUAUGACAUUCUCGACGAUGAGAUUACUAAGCGAUGGUCAUUGGUUAUUGGGGACGUUCAUGUGUAAGUUUUGGAUGUCAAUGGAUGUACUUUGCUGUACGGCAUCCAUACUAACUCUUUGUAUGAUUUCAUUAGACAAAUACUGGGCGAUUACACGACCUCUCUCAUACCAUAGUGACAUGUCAUGGCGGAGGACUGGUUACAUGGUAACCUUUGUUUGGGGUUGUUCUGGUAUCAUAUCUUUCGUGCCGAUCUUCACAGGCCUUUACGCCAAAGAUAGAUCGAAUAUCUCGACGGAUGACAUCUGCGGAGUAAACUUCUCUGUGAAUAGAUAUUACGCUGUCGUAUCGAGUAUGACAUCAUUUUACGUACCCCUCGCAGUAAUGAUAUUUACGUACUGUCACAUCUAUUUCAUCGCUCGAUCGCAAGCUAUCAGAAUCAAGGAAGAAAUGAGCAGGACAGAAUACUUGGGAAGAACAUCCCCUUCACAAUCUAUGAGGGCGUCAAUGCCAUGUGCUGGAACAGCUGAAAAUGGUGAUCAUCCUCCUGUCGAGCCAAACAGAAGGCGAUCGAGGUCUAUAACACGGGAAUACAAAGCUGUCCGAACCCUAGGACUGAUCAUGGGUUGUUUUAUUCUCUCCUGGUUACCGUUCUUUCUCAUGUACCUCAUAAUGAACUUCUGUACAACCUGUCAUCUCUCGUUCCACGCAGAGAACGCCAUCACCUGGCUUGGUUACGCCAACAGCCUCAUGAACCCACUCAUUUACAAUUUCCGGAAUCGCGACUUCCGUUACGCUUUCCGCGUCAUCGCGCAUAGGAUCCUCAAGGCCCUUACCUUCGGCUACCUGGACAACAAAAAAGGUGUGUACCCCAAGAAUGCGUCAUCGCACCACCGUUUUUCUACAUCGUCCAACGGUCAUCCGAACGGAAGCCCGCUUCUUUGCGCCAGCGGCAUCAAGUUGAACUCCGUGAAGCGCCAGUCGGAAGGCAGGAUUUCCUGUGGUGGAAAUGGCGUGAGAGAUGAGAUACCUUGCCAGAUUUUACCAGAGGAUGACAUUUUGAAUUGCUCCCCCAAUCGAGAAGACGAGGGUGAGAAAGCAACAUUGCGUGAAGAAGACGAAAGUGAUCACUCUUUAUAGAGUUAUUGCUGCAUAUAUAGCCGUGUGACUUUAUCCGAAUCAAACAGAACAAAUAAGUUAAAGGAAGUUAACAAACGGCGUAGAAAGUUAGUUUAAGUGGAAUUAAGAGUUUAAAAUGUUACCAGAAUCAGGCAAAGAAACAGGUAGUUACGAUGUAUUCAAUGUCAAGAUCAUCAAAAUAUGGGAUAUCUCGAAUGGCAAAGUGGUCGUAUAAAUUACAUGCGAAGUUAUCUAGUGAAAAUCAAUGUACUUCUACCCAAAAUACCCAAUAUUUUAAGUUUGAUCGAUUCUAAGGAUAAUUCAGACAUUGUUGUGAUGUAACAUGGAAAAUGAUGAUUUUGUAGUUACUUAGUAAAGUGGAAAAGGAAAUAUCUACAUGAUUAUAAUUAUGUACUCAGCAAAUGGGGGUGUUUUCCAUGUAUGAUAACAUAUAAUUAUGAACGAUCUAAACCUAUCAAAGUUCAUAACUUUGUUAUUGUUUCUCCGAAUUAUUUUAAAGCUUGUGCUAAACAUGCUAAUCUAUUUCUCUGCUUUUCCACUCAGGUCAAUUUUGUUACGAAGGGCCAAUGCCCUUUGGCAGCAAGUCAAGAGUGAUAAGCUACAUGUAAUUUGUGUGUUAGAUAAUUUGUUGAGGUAUUAUAAUGUAACCAAAUUAAAUUCAAAUUUCGUGACAGGUCGUUUCUGUAUUUAGAAACGAAGUCUUCAUCAAGAAUCUUGUCAUAAACAAAUAAAGAAGGAGAAAUGAUUUUACAAAAGUAUGUGCAUUACUGAUCUAUCAAUUUCAUGUACAUACCUUGAACUUCUCAUCUGGAAGGUUAAUAUUUUUUAUUCAUAAUGACUUCUUUUGAAAUGAUUACUUGAAAUAUUGAAAAAUAUAUAUAUAAUGGCAUUUUUAGUUGUUCGACGGUUUUCACUGCAAACUAUUUCCUAUUGCGUUUAUUCUAUUAUUUCAUGGUAAUCUUAUUUAUCAAGUUUUAGCACUUGUGAGAAAAAUUACUUGAAAAGGGUCCGUUAUCAUGAACAAUGUGUCCCCUCUCCGCUUUGUUUUGUAUUUGUUUUUACUUUUUGGGAUGAGGAACCAUGUAUAUUUAAUAUAGGAUACAUAUUAGACGAGGUAUGUUCGUGUAUCGUGUGCAAUUUUUACCUCGUGUUUAGGGAGACUGGCAUUUUAUAAGAGAAAUAAUGUGGACAAUUUACAAAAAAUAUAUAGUUAUAUUGAAGUAAAGCGUUACCUCAAAUACGAAGUGUUUGCUUUUAGGGUCGUCCUGUAGGGGUUCAUUCUAAAUAUUGAUUUCCUAAAAUUUCAUAUGUAGCUCCUUGCUGCCCUAUAGACAAAAAAGAGCAUAACAUCUGAAUCAUAUAUUGUUAAAUUACUUUAAUGUUCAAUUAUUGCAGAUUUUACUGGGUGUUAGAAUCAAAGUAAAAACGUUUGGUUCUGAAUCUCAAAGUCUUGCGUCGAUAUAUUUGAAAAUGAUGUUUUUACACUAAAACAUUUAGACUUGGAAAAACUUUGUAAUUGCGCGCGAACUGAACAAAUUUUCUUCUGUCAAAAUAAAACAUUCACAACAAAUUCAAUGGCAUACAAAUUGCUAUAGGUGGCGCUAUGUUAAUUAUGAUGCGAUACAUCAUAGUGCUUUGGGCAAUCGUCGGGUCAACUCGAGUCUAAACAAAUUUUGGGAGGGGGAGCCCCGCCUUAUAGAUACGCUGUUAUUUUCAUGUGAUCAUUAUCACUGUAUCGUGCUUAUUCGUUAAUUGUUUUGUGCAAUCGUUAGCUUAAGACAUACCACAAAUUUGUAAUCAAGGGAACAUUAUCUAUUUGUGACAUACUAUUUGUCGUGACGUUUUAAUACUGUCAUUAUUUCAUAUUUCAGUACUCUUAUAUGCAUGAUAUGACUGUGUGCGACAAUGAUACCUGUGUUAUAUAAUCUAUGGUAUUUAUGAAUAGGAAACUAACAAAAACUUGUGCUGUCCUUUUUUCUUUUCGCUGUAAUAUUUGUAUAAACAGUUGCAAUUGUUAAUAUUCGCUUUGAGUGGAUUAAAAAGCCGACUUCGUCGAUGUGUUUAUAGAAA